AAAUGAAGAUUUCAGAUUCAUUCUUGAUUUUGUAAAUAAAAUAUCUCGAUGGUAUUUGUGCACAGCGAACUUUUAAACAGACGUUUGUUUAGUUGACAAAAAGAGAAAGAAAAACAAAAUGUUGACAGGAAUAUUGUGUAUUUUAGUGUGUGUAUUGGCAGUGAUUUUUGCUAUUUUUCAUUUUUUUGAUAAUAGAGAAUUAUUUAAGAAAACAAAUCAUUUUCCGGGACCGAGAAUUCUUCCUCUUGUUGGAUGUGCUUAUCAAUUUAUAGGAGAUUCUGCACAUUUCAUGAAACAAAUUAUAAGAAUUAGUUGCACGUAUGAAUCACCGUUUCGUAUGACACUUGGAUCACGAAUAUUUAUUCUCACUAGGGAUCCAGAACAGAUAAAAACGAUUCUUCAGAGUUCAAAAACAGUUGAGAAAGCUUAUGUUUACGAUUUUGCUAAACCUUGGGUUGGUAACGGAUUAGUGACAGCGGAACAUAAAAUAUGGCGUAAUCAUCGAAAAAUGAUUCAACCAACGUUCAAUCAAAAAAUACUCCAAUCUUUUAUUUCAAUUUUUCAAAGAAAUUCAAUUCUAUUGACAAAAACAUUUGAAAAAGAAAUAAAUGGACCGGAAUUUGAAAUAUCACCACAUGUUGCAUUCAUGUCAGUCAGUAAUAUUUGUGAAACUUCAAUGGGUGUUUCUGUAGAAACACAAAAAGAGGACGUUGAACAAUUUUACAAUUUUUCAAAAAGGGUAUUUUAUGUUUUAUUCAAGCGAUUAAUUCAAAUAUGGCUUCAUUCAGAUUUAUUGUUCAGCAUGAGUCUUCUAGCAAAAAGUUUCAAUGGUUAUGUAACGUUCAUUCACAAUUUCACUGAUGAAGUCAUUCAAAAAAAGAGAGAAACUUUAAAAAUAAAAUCUGACGAUAUUGAAGAAGAUUGUCCAAAAAUGAGAAAACCAACUUUGGAUUUUUUAUUACAAUUAUCGGAUAAAGAACAUUUUACUGAUAAAGAAAUUCGCGAGGAAGUGGUCACUUUGAUAACUGCUGGCUCUGAUACAACAGGCAGAACAAUGGAUUUUGUUCUCUUUAUGUUGGCAAUUCAUCCAGAAGUUCAGGAAAAAGUUUACGAGGAAAUAUUUAGCGUUUACGGUUCUGAUGAUUCAGAAAAGAAUCCAGUGAAAUUUGAAGAUUUACAUAACUUUAUGUAUUUGGAACGUGUCAUCAAGGAAACAAUGAGAUUAUUUCCAAUUGUUCCAUUUAUUGCUCGUUUGGUUUUAGAAGAUUUGGAAUUGGAUGGACAAACAGUACCAAAAGAUUGUUCAGCAGUUAUUUUAGUUUUGGCACUUCAUCGAAAUGAAAAAAUUUGGCCCGAUCCGUUAAAAUUUGAUCCUGACAGAUUUCUACCAGAGGAAGUUAAUAAACGUCAUCCAUGUGCUUAUAUUCCAUUCAGUUUUGGCCCUAAAGACUGCAUAGGUCGUGUUUAUGCUAUGAUAUCAAUGAAAGUCUCAAUAAUAACACUAUUGCGAAAAUAUAUUUUGAAAAAGGACGAAAUAACGGAAGUCAAAAAUAUCAAAUUAAAAAUGGAAACAAUUCUUCUGUGUUCAAAACCAAUUACGCUCAGAAUAGAAAAAAGAUGAGAAUUCAAAUGCAAAAUAUUAUAAUAAUCAUGAUAUGUGUGUACAUCUAUGCAUAGUAUUAAAAAUUAGAAAUAUCUGAUCUUUUGUUUACGAAUAUAACUGCAUGUGAAGAAAAAUAUACAAUCUUUUCUUAUAA